AUGGGAGAGAGUUCUUAUAACCUCUGGUGGGAAGAAGAAGUCAACCAGAAAUUCCCAAUCUUCAAAAAAUAUUUGGAAUCUGCCAGACGAGUUUAUGCGAUUUUUUGAAUCACAUACCUUAUAAUAUCUCCUGAAAAUUUAUCUCUAUUUAUCAAAACUUUGCCUUACACAAUAACUCACUAUACAAUUUCUUUUACUGUUAGCCUUCUAGAACAUAAAAGCCCAGCCAAAAAAUUUUGGUUCCCGGUGCUUUAUGUUGAAUAUUGCCAAAUCGCCUUAUGGGUUUAUUCUUUAAGUUUUUGCUCAAGCCAUCCUAUAUUAUUCGAAAUGCUUGGAAGCUUGCUAAUGGGAUACUUUGAACUUCCAUUCAUAAAAAGUAAGCUGCUUACGAAUUUAAUAUUGAUCAAGCAUGUAAUAUUAUGGCACUAUUACAAGUAUUUUUCUGGAAAUUAUAACGAUAGCGAAUGUAUGAUUGGUCAUGCUGUAGGAUUUUUGCAUAUCCUUGCAUAUAAUUAUAUUUUACACCAAACUGCCCAGGCAGCCCAUGAGAAAUACCUUUACAGGAAAGGAAAAGAAAAAGCUGAAAAUCAGCUAGAAGUGAUUAUUAGCGCCUUUCCUGAUGGAUUUUUUGUUAUUUCAGAAGACAAUACUAUUGAGUAUGCAAAUAUAAAAAUGCUUAAUUUAUUAGCAUGCAGUCAACACGAACUACCGCAGAUUCUCUCUUCAAUUAUUUUUUGUCCAGGUAAAAAGUACAGUAAUCUUUCACAAAAUGAAUCUUUAGCUCAUCACAUGCAUGCAAUGUUUGAUUUGGAAUUCAACUUCGAAAUAAUGCUUGGAAUAUCGAUAUCCAGCAAUAUUAAUCUUGAAUGAAAAGGGUCCAAAAUUUUGUGGGAAAGCAAGCCAGCUCUAUUAAUAACUGCAAGAAAUGCAAAUAGCAUUAUACAGCUUGAAAGGACCAUUGCUGAAGAUAAAUUUAAAACUGUACUUUUAAGGACUGUUUCUCAUGAACUUCGAACGCCGUUGAAUGCAAUUUCAUUAUUAACAGAAGAGCUAAUCCAAGAGCCAAGUACUUCUGAAAUUUGUAGAGAUAAGUUGAGCAUGAUUUCUGUGUCUACAAGGCUGCUUUUAACCCUAGUCAGUGAUUUACUUGAUUUUUCAAGAAUGCUGGCAGGAGUAUUUUCAGUCCAAAAAUCUUGGUUUUCUUUGCAAGAGGUAGUCAAAGGAGCGUGCGACCUUAUACAUAUCCAAGCUAAAAAGAAAAACAUUGCUUUAGUCAUGAGGGUUGAUCCUUCUCUCCCAAGAAUCGUGUAUUCUGAUCCUCUCAGGCUUAGUCAAGUGUUAUUGAAUUUAUUAAGCAAUGCGCUUAAAUUUACAAUGAGCGGCUUUAUUGAAAUUAUUUGUUUGCUUGACAGAAAAAACUAUUUGAAAAUAAUAGUCCAAGAUUCAGGGAUUGGAAUCGAUAAAGCAAGCAUUGUCCAUCUAUUUGAUGAGUUUUAUACUUCGUCUUUACAAGCAAUCAACCCUCAAGGAUGUGGCCUAGGGCUGCCAAUUUCUAAUAAAAUAGUAAAAGAGCUGGGCAAUAGUCACAUAGAAGUGGAAUCUGCUAACUCCCCAUCCUCCAUGAGCGAAUAAAGUUCUUAAAAUCUCUAUUUUUUAGGUAAACCAACCCUCUGUAAGAAACAAAAAGUUUAUUAAUAUAAAAAUUUUAGGAAAAAAUAAUAUUUUAAUAUAUAAGUGAUAAUUAAUAUAAAUGAAAUGUCUAGUUAAUCCUGCUAAAUUUUAAACACUUGUAUUUCAAAACAUAAAUUUUAAAACUAAAUUAAAGUUAUUUCGAAUUGGGAUUACUCUAAAUUAUAUAUAUAAUUUUUUUAAAAAAACAAAAAAUCAAUUUUUUUCGCACAUGGCGGGGAGUAAAGGAAAAGGGUCAGCUUUUUCUUUUAGCGUCUCGAUUUUUGAAGAAAAUCAAAGCUUAGAUGCUCAUCUUUCUGAUACAGAAAAUAAUACUUGUGAAGAAAUUAAUUUUCUACAGUUAAAUACUUCGACAACUAAUAUUUCGAACCCUCAAGUCCUUAUUGUAGAUGAUAAUGAUAUGAAUCGGGCUAUUGUGUCAUCGCUACUGAGCCAUAAUAAAAUAAAUAUAUUAGAGGCGUGCACUGGAAAGCAAGCAAUUAAUAUGAUAAUUCAGCAAGAUCGUAGCAAAAAUCCUUUUAAGGUAAUCAUUAUGGAUGGAGAAAUGCCCGAGCUAGAUGGAUGGGAAACGACUAAAAUUAUAGUUGAUUUAAAAAGAACUGGCGAAAUUAAAUCCAUGCCAAAUAUCAUAGGAUAUACGGCAUAUAGUUCUGACGAAGAUAUAAAACAGUGCAUUCAAUGUGGCAUGAAAGAAUGCCUAACAAAGCCAUGCACCUCUGAAGCCUUGAUAUCAACCAUUCUUAAAUAUUUGUAA